AUGAAUGCGGCGGAUGAGGACCUGGACAAUAAGCUCCAGAAGAUCUCUACUGAUCUUCUCGCGGACCUCGACAAGGCGCUCAUCACGCAUCUCCGCAAGCCUGACGGUAGCGGCGGCACAAGAGUGAGGUCCUUUGUCCGUGCCCGAGAGGGAUUUGCGGCGACAUGUGACGCAAUUGACCACUUCCAAGAGCUCCCUCAGCUGCUUGACCCUCAUCUCCCCAAAUGGAUCCCGCUUCUUUCCCAGUCGUACCUCGAGGACCUGACGACGCGGCGUCGCGGCGUCGUGAAGCGUGAUGGCAGUGCCAAGUCCAAGGCCCUGGCCCCAGUCUCCUUUGCCAUUGCCAAAAUUCUUUACACAUUUUGCAAGGUGCGCGGCGAAAAGGUCAUUGUGCGGUUUCUCAAUGCCGAGGCCAAGUACCUAGAGCUGCUGCUCUCCUCCGUCGAAGAGGCAGAGCUGCAAGCAGCGACGGCGGCGGCUACCGCCCCUGACCAAAGCGACGUGCUGUUCACGCCGGAGAAGAAGGGGUGGGCGUGGGAGCAACGGUAUAUUGUGCUGCUGUGGCUGUCACAUCUGCUUUUUGCGCCGUUCGACCUGGCCACCAUCUCUUCGGUCGAGUUUGAGGAGAGUGCGGUGCCGCAGAUUGAUGGGCUGAAGCUGCAGGAUAACCUGCCCGGCAUCACGUUGCGGAUUCUGCCGUUGGCCAUCAAGUAUCUCGCGGCGGCUAGUAAAGAGCGCGACGCAGCCAAGGCGUUGCUUGUGAGAAUGGCGAUGCGCAAGGAUAUGCAAGCGCUCGGCGUACUGAGUAGCCUGGUCGGCUGGGCCAUCACCUCGCUCCGUCGGCGAAAGGGUGCCGAGCCGCGCUCAUCAUACUUUUACCUCGGUGUCCUGUCGUUCCUCGCGGGAAUUCUGCGAUUGUCCUCUGAAACAUCCGACUUGGACGCGCACCUCUCUUCCAUCUUUACUGCCGUGCAUGCUCUUACGUUCAAUGAUACCGAUGUGUCCAAAGCUGUCAAUACGUUGGCUCUGGCGCGGAAAAUGAUCAUCAAGGUUAUCCGAUUAGUUGUGGUUACAUACCUCCGCAAAAGCAACCAGAGUAUGCAGAGCAUGGAGGUCACUGAAACCGCCAUUGGGUACCUGCUGGAGAGCUUAUCAGACAAUGACACGCCUGUGCGCAUGUCGGCGAGCAAGUCCCUGAGCGUCAUUACUCUCAAGCUUGACCCUGAUAUGGCGUCUCAGGUCGUGGAAGCUGUGCUCGAGUCGCUCAAUCGGAACGUGCUCUGGAACAAGGAAGAGAUCAAAAAGGGUGCACGACCUGUACGAGACUUGGCGGCUGUCAACCACUUGGAGUGGCACGGCCUCGUGCUCACCCUCUCACAUCUUCUCUAUCGGCGCUCACCACCUGCGAAGCAGCUGUCUGACAUCAUACACGCUUUACUGCUGGGUUUGUCUUUUGAGCAGCGAUCUUUGGCGGGCACCAGCGUCGGUUCCAAUGUUCGCGAUGCGGCGUGUUUUGGCGUCUGGGCGAUAGCCCGCCGCUACACCACUGCAGAACUACUCGCUGUCCCGAUUGAGUCCGUAUUCGCUGCCAAGGCGCACGCGUCGGAUAGCUCCAUCAUCCAAGUUCUUGCGACCGAACUGGUCACUGCAGCUUGUCUCGAUCCAUUUGGGAACAUCCGCCGCGGCUCCUCGGCUGCUCUGCAGGAGCUCAUUGGUCGCCACCCAGAUACCGUCGAGCAAGGCAUCUUGGUUGUGCAAAAUGUAGACUAUCACGCUGUCGCCAGACGUUCGAGGGCGAUCCAACAGGUGGCUUCAAAUGCGACACGGCUCGCCCCUCAGUAUGGUGAUUCCCUCCUUCAUGGUAUUCUAGGCUGGCGUGGCGUCGGCGACAUGGAUGCACCAUCUCGGAGAGACUCUGGCAUCGCUUUUGGUGCUCUCACUACGAUUAUGCGAAAACACUCGCCGAUAGAAUAUGUCCGCUUCCAAGAGUCGUUUGAUCUUAUCCGGACCAGGCUCGUGGGGCUGGCGACAAGAAAAGUGGAAGAACGGCAUGGCUUGCUGUUGUGCUUGUCCGCGCUUCUGGAUCAGUUCCCAGUGUUUGAGGCGUCAGGUAGUGGAAUGGACGCAACUGGAGUUACAGAAGUCUGCCACAUCCUACAAGACUGCUACGAUACAAAGUAUAGGCGGCCAGAGCUCAUCGCAGAGGCAGCAAGCCGACUCGCUGUGUCAACCGUCCCUCUCUUGCAAGCGCUGUCAGGCUACCACUUGUCAGGUGAAGAUCUGGAGCCUGGAGCACAGUUCCUGUCUCCCACACAUCCCGACACGUAUGUCAGAUUCCUUGGAGCAAUCCGCGGGAAGGAACCGCGGAAUUCUACUAUGGCAAAACUUGCCUCGAAGCUUUCAAACGUUGUGGCUCCAUGGCUCGACUUUACUGAGCCGGAAACUAUCGAGGCCGCUUCCACCGCAGCUCUACUUCUACUUAUAAUAUCGACAGACGAAAAUCGAACAAAGCUCUUGCUCGAGUGGGCCAAACUUGUCCAGUACCGCCCUGCGAGCCGCGCUGCUAUCGUCGGGCAGGGCUACUUUCACGUGCUGGCCAUGGCACAGCCUCUCGCCGAGGCUACAUCUCAACACGGCGAAUGGGAUGAUGUGGUGAGUGAGGCGUUUAUUGCGCGCUGGAUUGCUGACCGGCAGGUGGAAACGCGCGUGUCUCUCUUGCAGAGCCUGAUUCGCGCUCGCGUCUUAUGCAAAAAGCCACUUGCUUUCCUGCCUCUCCUAGUGGACGGUCUGAAUGACUACACGACAAACGCCCGCGGAGACAUCGGCUCGCAAGUACGCGUGCAGGCGCUCAGAGCGAUCCAGGUGCUGUGGGAGCGCAUCGCCGAUGCGACAGGAGAGGAAGAAUGGGUGGUGCAGUCGGUAGAAAAGCUAUUCUACAGAACUCUGCGACUCUCAGUUGAGAAGCUGGACAGAGUCCGGCCAGAAGCGCAGUUGGCGCUGUCGCUGGUUAUACAAAAGAGCGAAACAAACCUCGGCCAGCUGUCUGCCUCCUCUAAACAGUACUUUAUGACACUCCUUGAACUCCUCUCCUAUGGCGAACUGCACCUGUCCGUCGCCGUCACCGCCCGGUCCGACCCUGUCGCUUGGACAUCGCAACUCAUGGCCGGCCUCGUCACCUCGGCGGACACUGGCCAAGAAGAGCUUGUCAUCACGAGCCGCGCGGCCCUCACUACCUUUUGCCAGGCCGCUCCCGCGAACCUGCAGCAGGUCUGUGGCGCGCUCCUCCACAACCUGACGGCAUACCAGUCCGAGGACCGCGUCGUCAUCCCGACGCUCGAAGUGAUUGCGUACCUCUUCCACACGGGGCUCUUUCAGCACUGCAAGCCCGAGACGGUCAACCUGCGGACUCUGUGUCUGCAGACGCAAAAAGUUGGCUACAAGACGGGCAGCGUGCGCAAGCUGCUCGCGUGUGUCAGGGUCUAUGGCUGCGUGGCCGGGCUCGAUGCGGCGCAGGGGCCGCCCGAGGCCAAGAAGAGACUGGGUGCGCUCAUGUUUCAUCCGUGGCCGCGGGUGCGCAUGGCGGUGGUGGACGAGCUCUGGAUGCUGGCGGGUGGUCAGGAGGAUGGCGGCGUGGCGGACGUGUUGCUAGGUGUGGAUUGGGGUAAGGCGGACAAGAGCAGCGUCAAAUCCCUGGUUGAGAAGCUCCAGCUGGUAUAG